AUGUCCGAUAUUGAGAAGAAUCGCCCCCCUCUUUCGGACUCAUCCGAUCGAAGCGACAAACAAUCUGAAGCCGCGGAGAACAAGACGACAGAGCAGUCACAGGAAGAGAUUGACCAGGCCCGUGAGCGUAUUAUUCGAGAACAUCGUACUGAGUUGGAGCAGCAGGGUGAGGGCUUGGUUCAACAAGAGAUCCCCAUUCUUCCUCUCACCCAGUUUUUCGGAAAGAAAGAUUUUGAUAUCGAUGCAAUUGCGACUCAACCUUCUGUGUAUGAUAGCCCUGCUGCUGCUGCCUACUUCAAGCCCCAUGACAGCUAUGAACACCGGCAUCGAUGGACCUUAAGAACCUCGGUCGUGGCAACCUUUCGCAAGCCAACACAUGACUUUCUACCAGAUCUUGGAAUGGACACCAACGUGUAUCAAAUUUCUUUCCUAUUCGCUGAACUGCCCUCUCAGAUGAUCAGCAAGAAAUUGGGCCCGGACCGCUGGAUCCCCUUCAUCAUGUGCUCAUGGAGCCUCGUCUCAGGAGCUCAAUUCUUCCUCAGCGGGCAACGAGCUGCCGUUCAGGUUGGCAAUGUUUUGCGGCCAAAGGGCUGGUUCAACGAACGAGAGGAGAAGAUCCUCGUCAACAGGAUCCUACGUGAUGACCCCUCCAAGUGCGACAUGCACAACCGGCAGGCCAUCAACCUCAAGAUGUUUUGGCACUCUCUUUGCGACUACGAGCUUUGGCCCAUCUACAUCUUUGGCCUUCUCUGGGAGAUUCCCGCCGGUCCGCCUGACCAGUACCUUACCCUCACCCUUCGAAAUCUUGGCUUCGGCACCUUUGAUGCCAACUUGCUCAGCAUUCCUUGCCAAUUCAUUGGUGCCGUUAUGAUCUGGUCCAUGUGCGCAAUUCGCGAUUGUCACAUUCUUGCUAUCCUAUCCGUCUCCACAUGCCAUGCACGUCGCAUGGGGAAGCCGAAACUCCAAUUCUGUGCGCACUCGGGCUGUAUCUGCAGUCCUUUACAAGUAUGCCAGCUCUCCAGGGUGGAGCCUCCCCUUGCUCGAGUGAUUUACUCGAACAUCUACCGUGAAGAUGAUCGGCCUGAAUAUCGCCGGGGCAAUCGCGUUCUUGUAGCCAUUGCUUGCAUGAACAUCUGCGUCUACAUUGUAGCAAAGGGCUUCUAUAUCUACAAGAAUAGAUCACGCGAGAAGAAGUGGCAAGCGAUGACUGAAGACGUGCGUUAA